AUGUUGACUAGAAGAAUAAUAUCAUUAAAACCAUUUCCGGUAUCUAUAUCUACCAGGUCUAAAGCAACGUCUGCUUCUCCCACAUCCAAUUCAACUUCCCCUUAUGGUGAUGUCAAUUUAUCAAAUCGUCGUGUUAUGAAACGUAUUGUUCAAGGGAAAGCUAGACCGGCAAUUUUCUAUCAAUUUGAAACUUUGGUUGAAAUGAGUGAUGGCAGUGUAAUUAAACGAUAUUCACAAGCACCUAAAGAUGAAAUUAGAAUGAUUAAUGAUCAAAGAAAUAAUUUAAUGUGGAAUCCUAAUAAUAAUGAUUUAAGAAAUGGUGGAAUUGGUGGUCUUGGUGGUGAUUUACAAGCUAAAGGUAAAAUCAAUAAAUUUAAACAGAAAUUUGCCAAUUCAUUCGAAGAAGAAGAAGAGGAGGUAGGAAAACAAUCUAAAGAAGGUAAAGAAGGUAAAGAAGAGAAGAAAGUUGAAGGUGAAGGUGAAGUUGAUGAAGAAGCUAUUAGACGUAAACAAUUAGAAUUACAAAAAGCUAGAGAUGAAGAAUUAUUUGAAUUAAUGGGAGAAAAUGCUGAAGAAGUUGUUGGUGGUGGGAAAUUAUAUGAUAAAAAAGCUGAUAAAAAGAGAUUCAAAUAG